AUGGAAAUAGCAGUGAAUGAAGAUCCACCUGUGGUUCCGACUAAGGAAUCUGAAAAUGACAGUAAGUUGAUGUAUGUAAUUUGAUAUGAAAUUGGAUGAUCGAAACAGUUGGUUUUCGAAUUAACAUCUGCGAUCUACAGUACUGUAUGGUGGGAUGUGUAGACUUUGUGAAAUAGUCCAUUGAGAACCCAUUGUUUACUUCAUUGCUUUCAUAAUUUUAUUUUAUUAGUCGAGAACAAUAAUAAAGAAGAUAAUGACAGAGGUAUAGUUUUUAAUAUAGCUGUAAUGCUGUAUGUUUAUGUUGUAUCUAACUGUUUUAGUUACUCUGUGUUCUUGCUAAUUUGCACACAGGCCAAUUAAAUUUACCUUUUAUUUAUGAAAAUAAGAGUUCCUCAUUUCAUUUUAUCAGAUAACAAUACUAAAGAAGAUAAUAACAGAGGUAUAGUUUUUAACUAUGUUGUAUCUGUUUUUGUUACUCCAUGCUCAGUUGCUUGUGUGCAGUUAAAAUCAUUGUUAUUGUGAAACAAUAUAACUGUGACACAGGCAAAUUUAAGUAUACUAAUUGACUUCCAAUAUUACUAUAGUAUUUAUUUCUCUUACAUGUAACAAAACUUAAUUAUCAGCCCAAUGUUUACCAUAAUUAUUUGUUUGCAACGCAUACUGCAAACAGGCUAUAUGUGUGUUACCUUUCUUACUUUCUUGUAUAGAUACAGUACUGCUGGUCCAAUUAGGCGAAAAAAAGGUAUUAUAAUUAAUUGCACAAGUUUUUUCCAUGCUAGCUAAUUACAGUAUAACCUUUAACCGUCCAAUGCUGGAAGUUUUUCUUGUUCAGGGGAGAGUGCUACCGCUCAGUGAGUUAAUGAUUUCAAUAUAUAAUUACAGGAUAUAAAAUUGGUGUUAGAAUUGUAAUAUAUAACACUAUAAUCAGUAUCCAGAAGUGGAAUAUUCACUGGGAAUAUUGGUUUCUCAGAUGAGAUACUAGAGUUUUGAAUCCUAUUGCCCCAAUGAAUUAUUGGGAAAAUAUCAAUUUCAGACUAUAUUUAAUCUAAUGGUUCUCAAAAGAGUAGGACAUUUUAUUCAGGGGCAGCACAAUGGGUGUACAGGAAGGAAAAAAUUAGGGAGGGCGGGAAAGAAAUUUGCCCGACUUUUUCUGAUUGUGCCCGACCAGUGCUGAAAAAUUUUUUUUCCGCAGCAAAUAAUUUUGGUGACCCCCCCCCCCCCGUUGCCAAAAAAAUUUCGGUCAGUGUACAAUUUUAGGGGUCCAAAAUUUUUUCGGACAUACCAAAAUUUUUCGGAACAUCAAACAAAUUUUCCCAAACAUCACAAAAUUAACAUAAUUUCCCGCAAAAUUGACAGAAUUUGUCCCAUUUAUGUUUAUAAUAACCCAAUAUUGCCCGACUGUGAAGCGAAUAUUCCCCAACUGGCUUUGUUUGCCCAACAAACUGGAGUUAUUAUUAAGAGAGAUUUUAUUGCUUUGACUAAUUUUGCCCGACUUUUGUUGAACAUUUGCCCGACUUUUCGACUUUGUAAUCUUUUUGGGGGGCAGCUGCCCCCCUGCCACCCGUCCCGUAUGCCUAUGGGCAGCGCUAACCAUUAUUUUUUAAUAUUUAGGGUAUUGUUACAAAUGUGGCUUAA